GGCAACGGUGGGAUAAGUUUACGCAUGCGCAGUAAGCACGUGCGCACUCCGAUCGGGUCGAACAGGAAAAUGUCGGUGAACGGUCUCUUGGCUCUUCUGUUGUCGGCUCUGCUGGCUAGUGCCAUAGAGGGCAGCAGCAGUCCAAGCACCACAGCAACUUCUAACUCGACAAAUGCCACCGGCACAAAUCCCACAACCACGUCAGCAGUGACGACUACGUCUGCAGUGACAACGAAAACAACGACAAAAGAAGCUACUUCUGCUACAGCCUUAACGACUACUAUGGCGCGAUCUAGCACCAGUGCUCCCGCCACAACCCCCACCACCAGCCAUGCCACCUCCGCUAACAGCUCUCAUUCAACGCCAACAGCCAAUCCGACUGCUAGUAACUCAUCGAACUCGAGCUCUUAUGCACCAACGUCAGCAGGUACAAACAUGACCACGGCCACGAUGUCAAAGGCACCGUUAACAGGAAACACUUCAACAGGCAGUGUAACAACACAUGUGACUCCCCACGCUAAGAAAACGUGCAGCUGCACGACACAGCUUGCUAUUUCGAUUCCUAUUACUGCAGUCCUGUCGGCUGUAGUGACGCUUAUCAUUGUCGGUAUCUGGAGGAAGAAGUCGAAGGGCUCCGGCGAGUAUAAACCGCUGAGUUCGGAGAUGUAGAAAGUACACGUGUCAUACGUAGACCUAGGGACCACUAGUAAAAUUACGUGCUGCUUUGUUAGUGAUACGUGACAAAACUAGAUUUGUUAGGUUUUCUUGCAGGACAUGCUAAAGUCUGUCAAACAAAGUAAGUUGCUAAAUUGG